AUGAAUAAAACAUUAAUACAUUUUUUUCUUGUUUUAGUUUUAUCUUUUUCAUCUACGGAAAAAGUUCCAGGCCUGUUUCCCAGAUUAGUUGGAGGUCAUUUAGCACCAUACGAAUAUGGAAAGUUCCACGCAUCCCUGCAAAAUUUAACUAAUUACCAUGUUUGUGGAGGAGGUAUAGUGUCUGAAUGGGUUGUUGUUACUGCAGCACAUUGUGUGGAUGGAGUGAACCCUGAUUAUAUAAAAAUUGUAGCCGGCACUAACUAUUUAGGAGGAGGUAGAAAACGGUAUGACGUAGCAGAAAUUAUCCCUCACUAUAAUUAUGAGCAUACUGAGGUUACCAAAAACAACGACAUAGCCUUAGUUAUAACCAAGGAACCGUUCGAUUUAAACUAUGCUAAUGUCAUUGGGAUAAGAAAACAGGAAUUAGUCGAAGGAGACAAUGUUUCAUUAACAGGAUUUGGCGCUCAAGAGCCCUAUGGUUUAUCGAGUUAUCACCUGCACAUCCUUAACAUAACUGUUUUUAGUCAGGAAACUUGUGAAUUUGCCAUGAGGUAUUCGCGGAGGAAUGUAACCAAGGAAAUGUUUUGUACAUUUUCACGGAUUGGUCAAGGAACUUGUCAUGGUGAUUCUGGCAGCCCUGUGAUAAAAGACAACGAGCUGGUUGGUGUAGUAUCCUGGGGUAUACCUUGUGCCGUGGGAUUCCCAGAUGUCCACACAAGAAUAACGCCUUACGUGGAAUGGAUUCAGAAGCAUAUUCUAAGAGCUUAUUGCGCAGACCGUAGAGAACCGCGCAGCAGCAUUUACAGAAAACUAAUAUAUUUAGCAAGACGCUUAUCUAACGUAUCUGAAGGCCAUAAGAGAUUCCUAGGAAUCUAA